AUGAGCAAAACUGCAACAAAAUCGGUUACUGAUGCAGCAAAAGAAUUUAAUAAUGAAUAUGGUAGAGGUACAGCCUAUAUGGCUGGAAAAUUUAUUGAUGCCGUAGCUCCGUAUAUACCAUUAUUCGAUGCCGCAACGAAAUUAAUUAAAGAAAUUAUUGAUCUUCAUGAUUCGGCUCAAUAUAACAAAAAUACAUGUGCCAGGUUAAUGGAACGUGUGAUUGAUGCCAAUGGAGCGAUUGAAAAAUUAAAACGAACAAAAAAAAUUAACGAAAAAAAAUUUAAUGAUCAAAAUUUUUACAAUACUUUUCAAAGAUUUACGAAUAUCUUGAUAAAGAUUAAGGCAUUCGAGGAAGAAUUGUCAAAAAUGGGAAAUUUUAGAAAAACGUUUGAAGCAAGUAUGAUAAAAGAAAAAUUUAUAUCUUUAACAGGAGAAUUUGAUUCAACAAUGAAAGAUUUGAACUUCAGCAUGAUGAUUGACAAUGAAGAACAGAGAAAAAAAGAUUUUGAAAGUUUGGAAGAAGACCAUGACGAAAUAAAAAAGCUUCUUAUUUAUACUAGAGAUGCUGUCAUGUCAAAGGUUGAGGCAGUUGCCCAAGAAGUUCAAGUAAUGAGGUUACAACUUGAAGAAAAGCCUGAAAAUCAUCAUCAUGACCAUUCAGGCGAUAAAUCAGUUUAUAAAGUUUAUAAACCGGAACAAAUAAGCAGUGAACAAUUACAAUAUUGCCGCUCGUCCUUAACGGGUUAUAAUGCGAAAAGAUUCAAGAGAAUGUAUAAACGAGUCAUUGAAGUUGAAUGUAAAUCUAUAAAUCUUAACGACAAAGCAACAGUCCAAACGUAUCUAGCAAUGAUAGGAAAAUUAGGAACAUGCCCAUACAUUCUCAAGUUUUAUGGGUUAGCUAAAGAAGAAGGAAAAGAUCUUCAAGUUUUGGAAUGGACAGAAUUAGGAUCUUUGAAAGAUUUUUCUGGGUUUCUAAUUAAGAAA